GCGGAAGCGACCCAAACACGGGAGUGAAAUCCAUCGACGGUGAUGAAACGCGAAAGAAAUUCUUCUUCUUUCUUUAUUAUCUCCUGUUCCCUCUCACUCCUGCCAUAGGCUGUUGACAUGAUAGCCUUUGCACAGGAUGACUGCAAUCAUGAACAGGAUAAAAUACAUCAUAGAGAAGUAUCCAGUCACAAGAGGGAUCCUCACGUACUCUGUGCUCUUCCCCGCGAGCAACACGACCCAGCAGCUUCUGGACCGCAAGAGGGAGAAGGUGAACGCGUGGGAGACGUUGCGCUUCGGGAUUUUUGGGGCCUUGAUAUUAGCCCCUUCGCUCUAUUGCUGGGUUCGCUUGGCUAAUGUCAUAGUGAAGGGAUCUACCCUCAAGCAUGCUGUAAUUAAGGCGUACAUCGAACAGUUCACGUGGGCUCCAUUCGCGUACACAGAAUUCUACUUAUGCAUUAAUCUCAUGGAGGGAAAAACAUUUGAUGAGUGUUUACAUGAAUGCCGUUCAAAAAUACCCCCUACGUGGAAGAUUGGUUUUUGUGUGUGGCCUGUGAUUCAGACAGUGAACUUCUGGGUAAUACCUCUGAAGCACCGGGUCUCUUUCGUUGGUUUCUUCUCCUACAUAUGGAAUACCUUUCUUUCAUAUAUGCAUCAUUACAACAUAGAAAGAAGUGACGGUAGCAGCUUUGGGGAGAUCUAAUGGAGGACUUUAAGGAUUUUACCCAGUCUUUGUUAUGAUGAAAAGUUUGAGUGUUAACAAUGUUUUACUGGUUAUUACUAAACUAAUCUCCAGCUGAGGUAAGAAGAAAAUCUUCAUUGACUGAAUUGAGAUUAGUUGCUAAAGCCAUGGCAUAAACUCAGAAUCAAAAAAAAUAUAUAUAUAUAUCAUUGUCAUAGAUCCCUAUUUUUUUGAUAAACCAAAUAUCUUGUAUAACAGGCUUCCAGACUUAUUAGGUACAUAAACUAGGGAGUAGAUUGAGUUGCAGUGGUAAUUUUUGUGAGGGAAGGAUCACUGCAUUGAUAGAGAUUGUCAGAUAUAUGUUAUUAUAGAAUAAUAAGUUAUAUUAGAGUUUAAGUAUGAGGUAACUACAUAUAUGUAAAGUUUUGUAUUAGUCAGAGCCUGAGUUUUAUUUUUUCCCCAGAAGUUAGCAAGUGUAAGAUAAACAGAAAAGUUCCUGACAAGUGUUGAGUUCAGUUCUAGCCCCAUUGUCACCUGAAGCAGGUAAUGAUACAUUUCUUAUUAGCCUGAUUCAUCUGCAAAAAUUGUUGAGCAUUUCUUUCUUUUUUUAUACUGUACCUUCUUUUACUGGUUGCUUUUAUUUUGUAAACCUCAUGCAUGUUACCAGAGAUUUUAUUUAUUGCAUAGUUUAAUAGAUAUUAAUGAGAUAUUUUAUUACAGAGUGAAAUAUAUAUAUUUUAAUGAUGUUUAUAUUAUAUUUAACUCACUAGAUAUAUGAAUUGGAAUAGACUGUAUUUAUUGUGAACAUGUAAUUUAUCUAAUGUAGUUUUGGCCUUCAGUGCCAUCAGGUUAGUGAUUUAUUGUGCAGGUGAUAAUCGUAUACUUUUGUUGAUUCUUGAAUUAUAGAGUUGUUGUAUCUAAAUAAAUUGACAGAAUGUA